AUGAUUGCGAAUUGCAAGCUCGCUGCUCUCAUCGCUCUGCUGUCCUGCUUUGCAGCUACGCAGCAGGUGAAUGCUCAAUUGCAACGAAAGGGCCUCAACGGCGAGCUUCCGCAGUGCCCGCCUGCCGGAUAUCAAGGCUUCAGAAGUGAGCAUCAAGACUGCCGCGCAGAGAAAAUGCUCGAGCGACUACUCGCAUGCUGCUUGCUGACUCCGAUUCUUGUGCCCCCCGCGCUCGAUAGGUAUACGCCAAGCACCUAGCAAUGUGGACAUGUUCGACUCUGAUGCGACGCUUGUGCAGACUUGCUACGAUGUAGGCGGUGUCAAGGCACCGCACGAUUUGGGCGAUAAGGAUGCGCAACCCAUCGAGUAUCCUACCUACCAGUGCCUAGGCAAGUGCGUGCCUUUGCAGCUUCUGGCCGGCCGGGAGAGGGGCAGGGGGCGAAUUCGAGUCUCUUGGCUCACUGUAGCUCAUUCCUACACACUGCAGGGACAAUCAAGAUCUGACCUGUCAGGCGUACGCUGCCCUGAACGCUCCGGUGCCGAACGGCCAAGCGAUUUGGUUUAUGAUCUCUUUGGAAAAGCCACAGCAGGAUGACGGCACCACUAGAUCCAGCCUUGACGCGAUCUUCUGA